UACCUGAAGUAAUUAAAAUGUGCGUGCUAGCAUUUUGAGUCUGCAAAUAUUUACUCCUCCUGUGGAAGGUUUGGGAUUUAACCAAAAUUUCUCUUAUGGAAAAUGUCCUUAAAAAAUAUAUAUAUGAAGGGAUAGAAAUCUGUGAUUCAUCAGAAUAAAUUAUGUUCCAAAUAAAUUCUCUUAUGAUUAUUUAUAUACUCCGUGAAUAAAAAAAUUAUUAGAUAUUAUAAUUAUUAAAUUAAUAAAGUUAGUUUUUCAAAUAUUAAAAAUAAGAGAAUGGGCUGUAUAAUGAGUAUUAGGAAGCUCGCAUAUAAGCUGAUUGAAUAUUUCAGUAUCAUACUGUAAGGGCGACGGUUGAUGCGUCUGUUUAACACAAGUUGAAGUUGCACAUUAGCAGACGACAAGUUGUAUUCCCUAAACCUAAACCAUUGGAAACAGAAGUUGGAACCGAACUGAGUUGAGGCCAUGCCAAGUGGCAUUUACAGAAUCAGGUCUACAUUCUCUGCUUCCCGCUUGCUUCGUUCCAUUCUCACAAGUUAAAAAAAGCCUAAAACAGAAAACAAUCAGGACCACCGUUUUCUAUCUCAUCACUUUGCAAAUUCUCAAAUAAUCAAAAUACAAAACAAAGUAGUUUUUUAUGGUCUUAAGAUGGAGUCAGAAACUUUAACUAAAUUGGUUAAUGGCGUUCGAGAUCACUUGUCUCUCCACUCUAAUAUUAAUGCCUCCAUUCUUUCAUCUCCACCUCCUUCUAAGCAACCCUUUGUUAUCGGUGUUGCUGGUGGGACUGCAUCUGGAAAAACAACUGUCUGCAAUUUGAUCAUUUCUCAACUUCAUGAUCAAGGCGUCCUUCUUAUCAAUCAAGAUUCGUUUUAUCACUCCCUCAAUGAUGAGCAAUUGGCAAAAGUUCAUGAAUACAAUUUUGACCAUCCUGGUAAUUCAGUAUCCUCAUUCCUAAGUUCUUUGAUCAGAACGGAACAGCAUGAUAACAUAAAGUUUUUACUAAAAUACAUCAACAAUUCCAAUUGUAUCGUUACUUGCUCUUCAGAUUCUUUUCACACAGAACUUCUCCUUUCAUGCAUGGAGAAACUAAAACAAGGACAGCCGGUUAUUAUACCAAGUUAUGAUUUCAAGAGUCAUAAGAGCACAGGGCCAGGACUAAAGGUUAACCCUUCAGAUGUCAUCAUCAUAGAGGGAAUUCUAGUUCUUCAUGAUCCUCGGGUUCGAGAUCUUAUGAACAUGAAGAUCUUUGUUGACACAGAUUCUGACCUGAGGCUUGCACGAAGAAUUCAGCGAGAUACUGUUGAAAGAGGAAGAAAUAUCCAAAAUGUUCUUGACCAAUAUGCCAGAUUUGUAAAGCCUAGCUUUGAAGAAUUCAUACUGCCAUCCAAAAAACACGCAGAUAUUAUAAUUCCCUGGGGAGGAGAUAAUGAUGUUGCAAUCGAUUUGAUAGUGCAACAUAUUCAAACAAAGCUUGGACAGCAUAAUUUGUGUAAAAUAUAUCCAAAUGUUUUUGUUAUAAUGUCAACUUUUCAGAUACGGGGAAUGCACACGCUGAUACGCGAUGUCAAAACAAGAAAGCAUGAUUUUGUCUUUUAUGCAGACCGACUAAUUCGCUUGGUUGUGGAGCAUGGUCUUGGUCACCUUCCUUUUACUGAAAGACAAACCAGAACUCCAACAGGAUCCAUAUAUCCUGGAGUUGUUUUCUGUAAAAGAUUAUGUGGAGUGUCGGUCAUUAGAAGUGGAGAGAGCAUGGAGAACGCGUUAAGAGCAUGUUGCAAAGGAAUCAAACUUGGUAAAAUCCUCAUCCACAGAGAGGGUAACAAUGGACGGCAGUUAAUUUAUGAGAAACUUCCUGCAGACAUCUCAAGCCGCCAUGUCUUAUUGCUUGACCCGGUUCUGGCUUCAGGAUACUGUGCUGUCAAAGCUAUAUCUCUGCUUCUCAGUAAGGGUGUUCCAGAAUCUAACAUCAUUUUUCUUAACCUUAUAGCAGCACCUCAAGGCAUACAUGCAGUUUGUAAGCAAUUCCCAAAGGUGAAGAUCGUAACAUCAGAGAUCGACGAAACACUGGACAAUGAUUUUUGUGUCAUCCCAGGCAUGGGGGAGUUUGGGGAUCGUUACUUUGGCACGGAUAAUGAUUAACAUUAACAACAUAUUCGCAUCAGCCAACUAGAAUCUCCAUUUGUAGCGAUUACUCAGGACGACUCGUGUCCACUUUCCAGCCUUUGACCUCUCUUCUCUCCCCUCCAUUUUCUGCUUGUAUUUGAUCAAUUCUUGUAAUAGUUGAUCUCUGGAGCAACCAUAAUAAAUGAUAACAUUCUGUUU